GCUACUUAAGAAGUCAUUAAAUUAGAUUUCACUACACUCUAAUUGAUUUCAAUGUGAUACUAAGUUACUGUUGACUGCUACAAUUUGACUAAAAUAUAAGAAGCUCGGACUCUCGGUGGUUCUUAUACCGAUUUGGAUCUCCAAGAUCUUGCAGUUGACCUGGUUCCCUGAGAGAGAUGAAGAUGAAGAUGAGGAGUGCAUUGCCAUUUGUGGCAAUGGUGGUUGGUCAGAUUGCGCAGGUGGGUUUAACGUUAGCUGGCAAGAAAGCCAUAGCAACCGGGAUGCACAACUUUUCCUACGUGUUCUAUUCCAAUGCUUUAGCAUCCCUUAUUCUUCUUCCUGCUUCUUUUCUCAUUCAUAGAUCAGCAAAUCGCCCGGCACUAACUCUCUCGGUCGCCGGUGGUUUUCUAGUGCUCGGCAUCCUAGGUUUCUUGGUACAGGUAGUUGGUUAUGCAGGACUUACAUAUGCUCCUGCUACAGUUGCCACAGCAAUUCUCAACCUCAUACCAGGCUUUACUUUUGUGCUUGCCAUCAUCUUUGGGAUAGAAAGGUUCGACUAUGGAGGGUGGGCCUUGUGGGCCAAAAUCAUUGGAACAUUAGUUUCAGUUGUAGGGGCCAUCAUCGUGACUGUCUACACAGGGCCUGCAAUUAUAACGUCUAGUUUAAGUUCAAUCACCCCACAACAUCUCCUAGGGCAAUCAUCAGAUUGGAUCCUUGGCGGGGUGCUGAUGCUAAUCGACAGUGUCUUAGCUGCUUUCUUCAUUAUUGCACAGGCAUUAAUCCUCAAGAAAUACUCAGCAGUGCUGAUUUUGAUGUUGGCUUACUGCUCCAUUAUUACCUUCCUAUCUCUUUUAGCUUCAUUGAGUUUGGAACACGACCUGAGUGCGUUUAGUUUACAGUCUAAAACGAGGUUACUUGCCAUUCUGUAUGCAGGGUUCUUUGGAGCUGGUUUUCAAAUAACAAUUGGAGCUUGGUGUGUGAAGAUGAAAGGGCCACUUUUUGUUGCUAUGUUUCAUCCAUUAGGGAUUGUCAUUGCAGCUAUUAUGGGGGUCAUAUUUCUAGGGGAUAGUCUCUACCUUGGAUGUUUACUCGGAUCAUUAGUCAUUGUAAUUGGAUUCUAUGGUGUAAUAUUGGGUAAGGCUAAAGAAGAUAAAAUUGUCGAAGCCAACAUGGUUGGGAGCUUAAAGUCCCCUCUCCUGCAAGAUGGCAAUGAAGAGCCCAAUGUUCUGCUACCAUAAAGAUAUCAAGGUGCAAAU